UGAAAGGUCAAGACCUUGCGUAUCGUAUUAUAAAAUUCCCUCCGGGAUAAGCCUAGCGCCCCAUCUGUAUAUUCAUAAAUCACGGGUUGUUGAAACAAUAACGAGGAUGAUUUGAUUACUUCGUGGAUAUUUUUACUUCACCAUUCCCCUCAUUUCAUAAGGACGUCGCUAAAAUGGCAUUUUGUUCUUCUUGUGGAUCACCUAAUCAGAAUGAUAAUUAUUGCUCAAAGUGUGGGAAGAAAAUUGACAAGUCCUUGGGUAUGUAUAUAUACAGAUUCUCUCUUUCGGGCUCUCCCCCUCUCUCUUUCUCUAUCUCUCUCUCUCUCUCUAUCUCUCUCUCUCUCUCUCUCUGUCUCAUAUAAACAACUUCUACAUUGUAGUUAUCCAUCACAAAUACAAUGUGUGGUAUUUACAGAAACUACAGGCACUGAAAGAACAAAACAUGUAACAUUACCAACUUUUGAUGAGUUUCAAAGCUUUAGAAGAGAAAAAGAACAGGAACGGAGAACUACAUUUCCUUUCUCUAAAAAGGGUAGAAAAUGCGAAGGGCGUGUCAAGAUAACUGUAGGUUUAAUGAGAUGCAACGCAGGGGCACCAAAGUACGUAAGAGGUAGUGGCGUUACCUUGGAAGUCCUACCAAGUAGCACUGGUGGUGACUUAAUAAGAUUAGCACAGGAAAAGCAUAUCCUUCUUAAUAAAGGUCUACCAGAUACCAGUUACGUUCUUCUGUAUAAAGAUGGUUCGUUAGCUACCUGUAUUCCUGGCACAUCAUCUCCCAUGACCCUUCGUGGAUACAAGGAAUUUCUUGGAUUUCCUUAUCAAAAAGUACCACUAUAUAUAUGUCCAAAAACGGAGUACGAAAAAGUUCAAAAAGACUCCGACUCUGACGAGUUACCCGAAAUAAACUUGGAUGAUUCUUGGGACUCGUCAGGCACUCCAGAAAUAAAGUUUCGGAAAAAAAGAACCCAAACCAACAUUCAAAGACAAAAGGACGACCAGCCAUCAACUAGUUCUUCGAUGUCAGGGGCACAUUGCUUAAAUUACAGUGAGUACAUCACCAUAUUGCCAGAUGAAAGCGAUGAUAAAGAGGAUAAAACAGUCUCACCACUACCGCCCCUUCUUGAUAAGGAAGAGGACAAUGUUCAGGAAGUAGUUUCUACAACGGUCAAAGACAUUUUGAUGGAUCUUAGUCAAAAAAUUAAGAAGACAGAGAUAAACAGAUUCAACAUCAAUAGAAAAAAUGUUUGGGAUGGGGCUUGUCGAGGAUUCAAAAGAACAUCAUUUUCACCUGAAAACACCUUAUUUGUGAAAUUUACUGAUGAUGAAGGGGCAUCGGAAGAGGCUUUGGAUCAGGGUGGCCCUAGAAGGGAGUUCCUUCGCCUGCUUAUGGGAAGCCUUUCCCAAACGUGUAUGUUUGAGGGCCCCAUUACAUCCAGAAUAUUGGCUCUUGAUAGUCAGGCUUUACAAAGAGAUGAUUAUUAUAUGGCCGGACAAAUGUUGGCGAUUUGUCUUGUACAUGGUGGACCUUCACCAAAAUUCUUCUCACCAACACUGUUUGAUGCUUUGGUACAAGGGCCCGAGAAAAUCCAUGUUCCGCUGGACGAUAUAACCAAUGAGGAAGUCAGAAAUGCUAUAAAGAGGAUAACGGAAGCAGAGAACAUACACGAUCUUCAAAAUACCCUUCAUGCCGAGGCAAGUAUUCUUACGAUAGCUGGAUGUUUCCAUCAUGUAAAAUCUGUGGAGGAAAAAUAUCAUAUUGCAGAAGAUUUAAAGAGAUGGUAUGUUCUAGGAAGAACAAGGUCAGCUUACGAAAGGUUGAGAAAGGGAUUGGAAACUCUAGGUGUUUUACAAGAAAUCAUCAAACAUCCAAAUCUUCUCAGAAAUUGCUUCAUAUAUAGUCCUAUGCAACCAACCGCUGCUGAAAUCGAAAGUCUGUUUAUACCCAAGAUGAGUGUGGUAGGAAGUAGCAAGCGUUUAAUUGAAAAUACAACAUUGGGGUUUUGGAGGGAUUACAUCCAGGAUGCUGAAGAAAAGUCUGCCAAAGCAUCACUCUCUGCAAUUCUUAUUUUUGCAACUGGAUCUGAUUCAAUACCCCCACAAGGAUUCACUCCUUCACCAUCAGUAUCAUUCAUUCACGCAGAAGAGGAGGGGCAGAAUUUCAUAUCAAAAUUCCCAAUAGCAAACACAUGCGCAAACGAGCUGAAGUUACCUGUAGUCCAGUCCUAUGAAGAAUUUAAGGACAAUAUGGACUUCGGAAUUUUGAAUUCUCCAAGCUUUGGGAGAUUUUAAAGGACUCAUUUGGUACUCCCCAGUACAUGUCCUGAAGAACUAUUACAAACUACUUCCAUGUAUCAACAUCAGUCAAAAACAUAUAGCAUGGGGCAAACAAAUCAGAUUGAAUAUCUAAUUACACACAAUAUUUUACGUGUGUGUUUUUGUAAGAGUAGACCAAAAUUCUGGAAAUAUUUUUUAAGGAUUUGACUUCCAGUUUAUGCAUGUAGUCAAUAAUAUCCUUGUAAUAACCAAACAGAAAAAUAAACAUGUUUUAAUGGAUGUCGUGUAAAAUUAAAAGUAA